CAACAAUAUGACACCACGUUUCCCAGGUUCACAGAAUCUGAGGCCAAACUUGGUAGCUUUAUCAUCUCACCAGCUAUCACAAACAUUCAUUCAUUUCAUUUCAUUCACACACACUCAAACCCUAUCAAAAGAACAAACCCGAAACAACCCACCCAACCCUAAUUCAACUCUUCCGAUCUGAUCACUGUGAGUAAAAAUUCUAAAUGAGCCGGGCACAGGAUGCAAACCGAUCAUUCUUCCCUUUUGGAAAUCCUUUUAGGAUGAUAUCACCGAAAGGCCCAAAAAUUUCUUCACAGCUGUUGUUAAUAUUACAUGCUUUUGAAGCAACUUUGGAAGAGAGGCUGAAAAAGCUUAUUCCCAAGAGCAAGGAUGAGAUCCUCAGCUUGUCUUGGAUGACUUUGGCCAUGCAGGCACUUUGUGAGAGUCAUAAUGACAUUAAAACCCUCAUAACAGAGCUUGAGCUUCCUGUACAUGAUUGGGAUGAGAAAUGGAUAGAUGUGUACUUGGACAUUAGUGUGAAGUUACUAGAUAUGUGCAUUGCAUUUAGCUCUGAAUUAUCACGCCUGAACCAGGGUCAUCUUUUACUUCAUUGUGCAUUGCACAAUUUAGGUUCUUCCUCUUCAGAGCAGUAUGUUCGGGCAUGCUCUUCACUUGAUGGUUGGAAACAGCAUAUUGGUUCUGGAAACCCUAGGAUUGAGAAAUGUGGCAGCAUUUUGGAUAAUCUUCUGCAGUCACUUGAUCUGCCAAAGGUUAAAAAGUCUGCUAAAGAGAAGGUUUUGAUGCAAGCUAUGUAUGGAGUAAAGGUGCAGACAGUAUUUUUAUGCAGUGUGUUUGCUGCGGCUUUUUCGGGCUCUACAAAGAAUAUGUCAGAUUUGGAUGUGGCUGAUGUAUAUUCUUGGGCUCCAACCUUUAAAAGUUUGCAAGAUCUUGUAAAUGGGGAAAUUAGAGUUAGAAGUGGGCGAUUUACUAUAUUGAAUGAGUUGGAAGUAGUUGAUUCCUCUAUGAAGGAAUUAUAUCCUAUUAUCCAGGGCGUCUCAGAUGCCAUUGAGACAGAAUCACUUGCGAAGAUUGUUGGGGAAUUAGGCAGAGCAACAGAGAAGCUUUCACAAGGACUAGAUCUUCUUACAAAGGAAGUCGAUAGCUUUUUCCAAGUGGUCUUGACUGGUCGUGAUGCCUUGCUAUCUAGUUUGAGGUCAGGUGCAACUUUCAUUGACAGCAUUCAGGCGGGUAACAGAGAUGCACAAAUAGUCAAUUGAAUGUGUUGCAGCCUAACUCUGGUACAUACCAAUGGAUCUAGAUCAGUUGCAACUCCUUGGUAUCAAGGUCACAUCUGAUUCUGAUCUCCUGGCACCUCAGCUUGCAGAAUUUCUUGCAAUUGUCAGUUUGGCAAUAAUUAUGGCUUGCCGCCUUGCAUUUCAGAUCUGUGAAAAGUGAUUUGCUUUUGAGAUCUGAAAACUGAAGUGAAUUUUUGGUGGACUACACACUCAAUUUCUAUAUCAACUGAGCUGUAGUGAUAAGAGCUUUGAGCUCUAUUGAAGGAAUCGGAGACCAAGUCAUGUGAGGUAGAUGAUCUGUCUCGUCUGUCUCGUCUCCCUUGUUAAGCCCCUCAGAAUCUGGGGUGGUAAAGAAACUAAAAAUGUGAACCUCUUUACUCAAUUGUGAUCAUGCUUUGAGCUGAAACGAGUGACCCCUGCAAGCUCUGUUGAAGAGAACAGAGACCAAGCUUUGUCAAGAAGAUGAUUUGUAUGGAUCACAAAAUGGAGAACUGAUCAAAUCAAGUUCUCCUAACGGUCUCUCUCUGUGAACAUUUGCUUUGAGUCGCUCACUCAGUCUGAUGAGGUGGUAAUGGAAGAACCAUGAACCACACAAAACUCGCAUGGUGUUGUUCUUGGCAAUUUUUUUUAAUCUUUUUUUGGAUUUUAGUUAUAAUUGAAUCUUUGCACUUAGAUUAGUUUUAGAUGGGAACUCAUGUUUAAUAAUGUACGUGUCUUAUCUUGGUCAAGUAUCAAAUCUGUUGCAGAAAGUUGUCAAAGCAUAAA